AUGAGACUUCGACCGAUGGUGUGUGUUGCUCAGGAUUAUUUUCAAGGAAAGAUUAUAGACGACUUACGGUUACGCAAAACGAUUCUUGAUUUACCUGACAACAAAACGGAGCAUCUCCCAGGCUAUUUACCGCUUGUACCUGGGAUACCAGUUUUGCUCACAGAAAACGUGGCUACAGAGCUCGGACUCUCCAAUGGUACACGUGGAAUAUUUCACCAACUUGUAUAUGAAGAAUCUUCAGUAGAUAUUCAAUUUCAAAACAAGAAUUUUCCAACAAAUACCAAGUUUAUCACACAGCCAAAAUACGCUUUAGUGGAAUUUCCCAAUUGCAAGCUUGGUUCAGAACUUGCUGAACUUCAAAACAAGAUGAUUCCUAUAUCGAUCAGUGAGCAAACGUUUCUCUUUGCCGUUAAGGAGCUUCGUCCCGAAAAUGUUGCUAAAGCCGCAAAAAUCAACAAGAAAACAACAAAAAUUUCAAUCAAGCGUAAAGCUCUUCCUUUAAUCCCGGCCUAUAGUAUGACAACACAUAAAAGCCAAGGUCAAACACUCAGCAAAAUUAUUAUCUAUCUCGUCAUGCCACCUGGUCCAGUUGAAGUCGCCUCGAUUUACGUUCCACUAUCUCGAGUAAAACGACUUGAUGAUUUACUGAUCGUUCGGCCUUUUGAUUUCACAGCUCUUCAAGUGAAACCAUCAACAGCGCAGCUCGAAGAGCUGAAGAGAUUAGAUACAAUCGCAAAAAGCACUGCAAAACGUUUUCCAUUAACUGUUUAG